CAUUGACUUUCUCUCUCUCUCUCUCCCUCUCUGAGUUGUCGGCCCUCUUUUACUUUAAUUAUUAUAUCUAAGCACUAUAUAAUAUGCUAUGGAUUACAUAGACAAUGCCAAAAUAUAGCCAAAGUACUGUCCCUUCUCUUUCUUCUUCAUCCUUCCUAUUUUGUUAAACAAUCUUUGAGUUUUGCUAUUCUUCUUAUAAGCUUGCUGCCUCUUGUUAUAUGUACUCUACUACGAGUUCAGAUCACCAUCAUCUUAUAAGUCCAUAGUUAAAGCUGGAUAACUUUACUUCUAGUACUCUUCCUUAAUCACACAAUUAUAAAAAACCUCUCAAGCAUGUAACUUACAUCAAUCUCUCUCCAAUCCUUCCCUUCCAAAAAAACAAAAAAAAAAAAAAAACUUUUAUUUUCAUUUGCUAUUUAUGUCUUCUAUCAGAUUCUGAUUUAUCUUAUAUCGAUCUGGCUUUUAUACUGAAUAUCGUGUAGCCAAACAUUUAAAAAAACCGAAAAAAACAUGUAAUACCUCUCUCUAUCGAAACAAACCUAGCUUCUUCUUCUUCUUUUUUUUUUUUCUCAAAAAAAACCAAAAAAAAAAUAUAGGAUAUUGAUCUGAAUGGCUGAAUUAGAAAAUGGAAUGUCAGCACCAGCAACACCAGGUACACCAACUCCAUUAUUCUCAUCAUCACAAAGAGUGGAUUCAAUGGGAUCAUAUGAUAGAAAGUCAAUGCCUAGAUGCAAGUGUUUGCCUUUGGAUGCACCAACAUGGGGAACUCCACAUACUUGUCUUACUGACUUCCCCGCACCUGAUGUCUCUCUCACCCGCAAGCUGGGAGCAGAAUUCGUUGGGACAUUUAUCCUUAUAUUUGCUGCAACAGCCGGACCAAUUGUGAACCAAAAGUACAACGGAGUUGAAUCUCUAAUCGGGAAUGCAGCUUGUGCAGGGCUGGCUGUUAUGAUCGUGAUUCUGUCAACGGGCCAUAUUUCUGGAGCUCAUCUUAAUCCGUCACUCACCAUCGCAUUUGCAGCACUUCGUCACUUCCCUUGGGUUCAAGUGCCAGCCUAUGUUGCAGCACAGGUUUCAGCAUCUGUUUGUGCUUCAUUUGCACUUAAAGGUGUCUUCCAUCCUUUCAUGUCUGGCGGCGUUACUGUUCCUUCGGUUAACACCGGCCAGGCUUUUGCUCUUGAAUUCCUCAUCACAUUCAAUCUCCUUUUCGUUGUCACUGCUGUUGCAACUGACACUCGCGCGGUGGGAGAGUUGGCAGGCAUAGCAGUUGGAGCUACAGUCAUGCUCAAUAUUCUAGUGGCUGGGCCGUCAAGUGGUGGUUCCAUGAAUCCAGUACGAACUUUGGGGCCAGCCAUUGCAGCAGGAAACUACAAGUCAUUGUGGAUAUACCUAGUGGCUCCAACUCUGGGGGCUCUUGCAGGGGCAGCUGUUUAUACGCUUGUCAAACUUCGCGGAGAUGACACUACUGAGACACCACGCCAAGUUAGGAGCUUCCGCCGCUAGCCUGCUGAAGCAAGGGUGUUGUUCCAACUUAUAAUACUAUCGUGUGCUUGAAAAUAAAGGUGGACGAAUUUGACUUCCAGUCUCACCAUCGAAAACAAUUUACAUUUGCAUUUUGACGCUCUUCUCAUUCACUUUGUGUGGAUGACUUAAAGGAAGAGGCAAAAAUUUGGUUGUGAUUUGCUGUGUGAACUAUGCUACAUUUGAAUUAUGUGUCUGUAAUAUGAAACUUCAUACGCUGCUACUUGUUUAUCUAGUCACAAAACGUACAAGCAUCCAAUUCUUAUUAA